CGGAAGUGUGUCAUAUGGGCGGAUGUGUGCGUGUGGUUCCUGAGCAAUGAUGAUGAUGAUGAUGAUGUAGUAAGCAGGGAGAGCUGUCAUAUCGGCAGCAUAUAUGGAGUAUCAUCAAUAUAAAGUGUUUACAACUGAAAUGUGUUCCUUGGACGCGGUCUUCAGCUGAUGAUACGAAGAAACGGCGCGAUCGACGAACAAACAGCUUCUGAAUCAGGGGAUGGAGGCGCACAGUUCAGGCCUCGGCAGGAAGAGGAAGAGAGAGGAGAUGAACGGAGAGAUGAAGGAGGCCGAGUGUUUCAGAAAACUUCCUCGGAGGACUCUGGGCCUGACUGAACCUGCACCGUUCGCUGAUGAGCUGGUGGCUGCACAAACCCCAUACGUCCGCGUGAGCAUGGAAGAAGCCCGCCGUGGCACUCCAGAGCACCGUCCAGUCCGCGUCUAUGCUGACGGGAUCUUUGACAUGUUUCACUCCGGACACGCUCGGGCUUUGAUGCAGGCCAAGUGCCUUUUCCCCAACACACAUCUCAUUGUGGGUGUGUGCAGCGAUGAUUUGACGCAUCAGUUUAAGGGUUUUACUGUCAUGAACGAGGAUGAGCGUUACGACGCAGUGAGUCACUGUCGUUAUGUUGAUGAGGUGGUCCGCAACGCUCCAUGGACACUGACGCCUGGGUUUCUGGCCGAGCACAGAAUAGACUUUGUCGCCCAUGACGACAUCCCAUACAUCUCAGCAGGAAGUGAUGAUGUUUACAGACACAUAAAGGAGGCAGGUAUGUUCGCACCAACUCAGAGAAGCGAGGGCAUCUCCACGUCCGACAUCAUCACACGAAUCGUACGUGACUAUGAUGUUUACGUGCGCCGCAACCUGCAGAGAGGCUACACCGCCAAAGAGCUGAACGUCAGCUUCAUCAACGAGAAGAAGUACCACCUGCAGGAGCACGUGGACAAGGUGAAGCAGAAGGUCCGAGAUGUGGAGGAAAAGAGUAAAGAGUUUGUGCAGAAGGUGGAGGAGAAGGGCAUCGACCUCAUUCAGAAAUGGGAGGAGAAAUCGCGAGAGUUCAUUGGGAACUUCCUGCAGAUGUUCGGGCCGGACGGGGCAUUGAAGCACAUGUUGAAAGAGGGAAGAGGACGGAUGUUACAGGCCAUCAGUCCCAGACAGAGUCCCAGCAGCAGUCCCGUCCGCGAGGAGCGCUCGCCGUCCCCCACUUUCCGCCUUCCCUUCUUCACCACCUCACCUUUCUUUUCUCCUCCUCAUCAUCUUCACAGCAGCGCUCACUGCACAGGCAGAGAUGAGGACGACUAGCU